CUGACCUAACUCAGCCUCUCUCAACUCCAGCGCACACAGCAGGGAGAGAACGAGUGAGUGAAUGAAUGUGUUCUACAAUGCUACCAAGAGAGGGAAAGUUCAUCAUUCAUGAUUAAAGUGAUGGUAAGACAGGGGGAUAUGGUUAUUGGAACAUGUUCCAAAUGAUAAUGCACAUACAAUGCUAUGACUUCUUGUAAUAUAAAGGUCUCUCUUCAUGGAGUCUAUCCAUUGAGAAUGCAGCAACAACAGAGAACGUAUUUUUCAAGUUUAAGGGGAGGCCCCAUGAAACUUUCUUGUAUGCCGGUUUUCUGAAAAUGUAUGUUUAAAUAUUCAAAUCAGGUAUUGUCUUAUCAAAUAUGUGCUCUGACUGAUAUAUGCACUAACCCCUGUAAACGCCUUCAUAGUAUAGAUACGAUGAAACUGAGUGUAUGUAUAAUUCUAAAAUGUGUUUUUUGAAAAACGGCCUUUAAGGAUGUGAUUUGUAAAAUGAAGACACUAGAGGUGAAUAGGAUAAACAAAAUAAUCUAAUAGAAAAAUCAGCCGCUGUGUUGUAUAAAUGUGCUCAUUUCGGACAUUGUGCAGUGUUCUGCAGUGUUGCCAAACACGCAAAGCUGAUUGGUUCGCAUGUCGAUCAUUUGCGCGACCGCAGACUCACCGCCCGCUGAUUGAUCUAGAGCUGGGUGACUGGGAUCAGAGGCGGGCGCUUCUGGAGUAAAGAUCCGAGUGGGCGGGAUUUGAGAGGAUCCUACACGCGUUCAUGGUUUGCGUCAGUCGGAUUCCCGGGUCUCAUUGGUUUAUGCGUAACUCCGUUGGUUUUAUGCGGUUAAUCACGGUCAUUAGGGGGCAGCAGCGUCAAGGUAGACAGUCACCCGCGAAAGGAUGAGAAGUCAGACAAUCUUAUUCAAAAUAAAAGUCCAACACCUGUUUGCGUUGGAAGGAGUACAGCUUGAUGGAUAAUGCUCAUACUAAGACGGUGGAGGAGGUUCUGGGCUUCUUCAGUGUGAAUGAGUCCACAGGUCUGAGCUGUGAGCAGCUGAAGAAGACCAGGGAAAGAUGGGGACCCAACGAAUUGCCAGCUGAAGAAGGGAAGUCCCUUUGGGAGCUGGUCCUGGAACAGUUUGAAGAUCUGUUGGUUCGAAUCCUGCUGCUGGCUGCGUGCAUCUCCUUUACCCUGGCUUGGUUUGAAGAAGGGGAGGGGACAAUCACAGCCUUUGUUGAGCCCUUCGUCAUCCUCCUCAUCCUCAUCGCUAAUGCUAUUGUGGGAGUGUGGCAGGAACGUAAUGCAGAGAAUGCCAUUGAGGCCCUCAAGGAGUACGAGCCAGAGAUGGGCAAGGUGUACCGGCAGGACAAGAAGAGCGUCCAGAGAGUCCGAGCGCGAGACAUCGUUCCUGGAGACAUUGUGGAGGUCGCUGUUGGUGAUAAGGUCCCAGCUGACAUCAGGCUGACGUCCAUCUGUUCCACCACUCUGAGGGUGGACCAGUCCAUUCUGACGGGGGAGUCCGUGUCGGUGAUCAAACACACAGACCCUGUACCGGAUCCCCGAGCCGUCAACCAGGACAAGAAGAACAUGCUCUUCUCAGGUACCAACAUUGCAGCGGGUCGUGCCAUCGGUGUUGUCGUGGCAACAGGGGUGCAGACAGAGAUUGGAAAAAUCCGAGAUGAGAUGGCCUCCACUGAACCAGAAAGGACCCCUCUUCAACAGAAACUGGACCAGUUUGGAGAACAACUGUCUAAGGUCAUCAGUGUGAUCUGUGUGGCAGUGUGGGCCAUUAAUGUGGGACACUUCAAUGACCCGGUCCAUGGAGGCAGCUGGCUAAGAGGAGCUGUUUACUAUUUUAAGAUCGCUGUUGCGCUGGCUGUAGCUGCCAUACCAGAAGGCCUCCCAGCUGUGAUCACGACCUGCCUGGCUCUGGGCACCAGGAGGAUGGCCAGGAAGAAUGCCAUCGUCCGCAGCCUGCCAUCAGUGGAGACGCUGGGUUGCACAUCUGUUAUCUGCUCUGACAAGACAGGAACACUGACCACCAACCAGAUGUCAGUCUGCAGGAUGUUUGUAGUAGACAGUGUGUCAGGGGAGCAAUGCAGCCUGAGCGAGUUCACAGUGACUGGAUCUACUUACGCCCCUGAAGGGGAAGUUUAUAAGGACGGCUCAGUGGUGAAGCCCAGUCGGUAUGAAGGCCUGGUGGAGAUGGCCUCCAUCUGUGCACUGUGCAAUGACUCAUCACUGGACUACAAUGAGGCCAAGGGUGUGUUUGAGAAGGUUGGAGAGGCAACAGAGACUGCUCUCUGCUGUCUGGUGGAGAAAAUGAACGUGUUCGACACUGACCUGAUUGGACUGAGCCCCGUCGAGAGAGCUACAGCGUGCUGCUCCGUGAUUAAGCAGCUGAUGAGGAAGGAGUUGACAUUGGAGUUUUCCAGAGACAGGAAGUCCAUGUCUGUCUUCUGUUCAUCCAAUAAACUCACACGGUCUGCCUCUGGAGCCAAGAUGUUUGUCAAGGGAGCUCCAGAGAGCGUGUUGGAACGUUGCAAUUAUAUCCGGGUCAGCGGUGCUUCUCGUGUGCCUUUGAGCCCGGCGGUUCGAGAGCAGCUCCUGUCCAAUGUGAGGGAGUGGGCAUCGGGCCGAGACAUGCUGCGUUGCCUCGCCAUGGCAACCAGGGACACGCCCCCUGACAUCCACUGCCUCAACCUGGAGAACUCCGCUGUCUUUGGGGACUAUGAGUCCGACCUGACCUUUGUGGGCUGUGUGGGCAUGUUGGACCCCCCCAGGAAAGAGGUGCUUAGCGCAGUCCGAAUGUGUCGGCAGGCUGGCAUCAGAGUCAUCAUGAUCACAGGUGACAACAAAGGGACAGCGCUGUCUAUUUGUCGGAGGGUGGGCAUCAUCACGGAGCAGGAAGAGGAGCAGGGGGGGGUUAUCGGGGGCCUGACCGGGCGCGAGUUUGACGAGCUGCCGCCUCACUUGCAGCGCGAGGCCUGUAGGACGGCAAGGUGCUUCGCCCGGGUGGAACCGGCUCACAAGAGCCGUAUUGUGGAGUACCUGCAGAGCCUCGACGACAUCACUGCUAUGACAGGUGACGGGGUGAACGACGCGCCUGCAUUGAAGAAGGCGGAGAUCGGCAUCGCUAUGGGCAGCGGCACAGCAGUGGCUAAGUCGGCCUCCGAGAUGAUCCUGGCUGACGACAACUUCUCCACCAUUGUUGCUGCAGUGGAGGAGGGCAGAGCCAUUUACAACAACAUGAAACAGUUCAUCAGAUAUCUGAUCUCAUCCAACAUAGGAGAGGUGGUCUGUAUUUUCAUGACGGCCGCACUGGGCAUGCCUGAAGCACUGAUCCCAGUCCAGCUGCUAUGGGUCAACCUCGUCACUGACGGUUUCCCUGCAACAGCUCUGGGCUUCAACCCUCCAGAUCUGGACAUCAUGUCCCGCCCCCCACGCUCCCCUAAAGAGCCUUUGAUCUCCUGCUGGUUAUUCUGCCGCUACCUCAUCGUUGGAUGUUAUGUGGGAGCUGCCACUGUCGGAGCUGCUGCCUGGUGGUUCAUGGCAGCCCACGACGGACCAAAGCUUUCCUUCUAUCAACUGUCCCACUACCUUCAGUGCAGUGAAGGCCACGUUGAGUUUGCUGGUGUGCAGUGUUCAGUCUUUGAGUCUCCUUAUCCAAUGACUAUGGCCCUGUCUGUCCUGGUUACCAUAGAGAUGUGCAAUGCCUUGAACAGUCUUUCAGAGAACCAGUCUCUGCUGAAAAUGCCUCCCUGGUCAAACCCCUGGCUGGUGGGGGCCAUCUGCCUGUCCAUGGCUCUACACUUCCUCAUUCUAUAUGUCGAUCCACUGCCGGUAGUUUUCCAGAUUCGCCCUCUGUCGUGGCCUCAAUGGGUGGUGGUGUUGAAGAUGUCCCUACCUGUCAUCUUGAUGGACGAGGCUCUCAAGUUCCUGGCCCGCAACUACAUUGAGCCAGGAAGCCAGAUCCAGACUCUGGAAGAAGAAGAGGAGCAGCGGAGGAUGGGGCCUAGCACGGGAUUGGUCGGGGCCAUGAGGACGAGGCUGCACCAGUCACUGAAGGGCGUGUCCUGGUCGUUCGUCCUGAUCUCUGCACCGCUAUUGAUCUGGAUCUUCAGCCUGGACUCUGACAUAACCAACAUCUUCUGGGAGUGAUGGAAGAAUGAGAGGACGGGCGGACUGUGGGGGGAGAGAAGAAAGAGACCAUCUAAAGAAGGACUGUUGGAAUAGGAUGCAGAGGUUUGGGUGUGUACGGGUGAGGUGAGAAAGAAACAAGCAGAGAGGAUAAAUACUCUGCUGGGAUACAAGAAUAUAAGGUGUAAAGAGUGAAAUAUUAAGCCAACAGACAAUCAGAUAACACCAAGAAGGAAAGACCACCUCCUCCUCAAUACUAAAAGGUGCUACGUGUAGCAUUUCAUCUGAAUCCCAUAGCUCACUUAGUCCUGCUAUGAGUUCAGAAGGCAUAGGCCAAGUUUGUCUGUCCAACACUUGGGCCCAGAGUGAAAUAUGUCUAUUUAGCUGUACUUUAAUGCUAACCUUUGCAUUCUAAAAUACUAAGGUUUACAAGAUAAACAUUAACAUGUUAGCAUGCUACAACACGAUUUUUGUGUUCGGGACAAACAAUGUAAUCAUCAAUGGUUCCCUGCUGCUCCGGCUUGUCACAGGUUGCAUCAAUUUCUAUGGUUUCCAGCUAUUUAUAAAACCGUCACACAUUUUGACUAGCUAGCUCCAACUAGUCCCUCAUUCUAUCAGAAUGCACCAAUAACAGUUGUCUACAGCCCCUCUACCAAAUCAAAAAAUGUCUCUGCAGUAGUCAAAGAUAUUUAUCGGCUCCAGCUCCAACUGGUAGUGAUGGAAACACCCGAGUGGACACGCUGAUGUACGAUCUUUUAUUACGGUGCUUUCUUUGUAAUCUCAUCCACAAAUUCUGUCAACUCUGUCCAAGCAGCACUGGAACAUUGUUCCAAAUGAAUAGAAACCAAGUUUGAAGAGAGACUUAGAAUAAGUAACAAAUAUAAAAAUUUCCCCUGGUCUCCGGGCUGCUUUCUAAUUUGCGUUUGUGUCAUUGAGCACUAGAAAACAACAGAAAGGCAACUCGUCUACUAGCAAUGGGAAGGAGUCAUCUAUUUUGUGCUUGUUUUCCUGCGUUUAAAAACUGCAAAUAUAUGCCCUAAUUAUGGUGGACCUAAGUUUGUUGUGGUGAAACCAAUUUCUUACCAUUUCUGCCUGUUCUGUUUGUUAAAUCUUAAUAUUAGACUUACAGAUUUAAAUUUGCAUCAUAAGUGGACACAAAAGCCAUGCACUGUGUUAGAGGUUAAAAGUAUUUAAUUAAUCGAAGAGCAGCAGAUACAGAAACAACUUUUAGUCCUAUGUGGACACAUCAGUAAGCAUUUUGAAGUGUAGAAGUUUAGAAAUGAUUUUGACAGAAAAUAAAUUUUCUAUGGCACACAUUGAUGAUGUAUUGCUGAUUAAAUGCUACAUGUUGCACCUUUUUAGAUGUCUGCUUGAAAAACGAUUGCAUCAGAUAGAAGGGGAGCAGUGCUGAGUGGUCUCAAAUCACACACACACACACACACACACACACACACACACACACACACACACACACCAGCUUUCCGUCCACACUGUAAUUCACCAGUAAUAAUUUGAGGUCAUGAACAGGCAAUGAAGCCAGGCGACUAGAUGUACAAUAGAACCCCCAACCGGCCACUGCAACAGUCUCAUUAUUGUUGGGCCUUCCCUGUUCAUGAGAGUAAAACAAGCAUUCAGCUGAGAGGGAAGACUGUUACGAAGACAGGCUGCAUGUCAGCGCACGCCACACAUGUAUAACACGUUUCAAAGCCACAGUCCAAACUGUGACUGUGGGAUUCUGCAGGAACUCAUCCUUUCCUGCAGAAUGUGGGCGUGAGAGGAGACACUACAGGUGAAUAGAGUGAAACAUUUAACUAAGAAACAUUCCCAUGAAUCUUCCACAGUUGAUUACCCACAUUCACAGUUAUUUGUUGUAUGACAAGUUUCCUAAAAAGUCAAUGUUUGGAUAUGCGAAUGAGGUGUAAUCUUAUUACGUGUAUGCUAAUUUACAUACAUUUCCAAGACAUGAAUGUGAACACUGGAUUGUGUUCACAAGUAUUGUUUCAUUUGACAUAUUAGACUCAAAGGUUUUUACAGUGGAAAUAUUGGAUAUCUCUUUGUAUCACUCCAUGAAUCAGAAAUAGUGUCAACAGCCAUAAAAACAUAUAAUUCCACCAUGUUUUUAGUUAUAGAAUGUUAAAUAUUUAAAUCCAGUUAUGAAUAAUAUGAGCGGAACAGUCAGAAUAUAUUUAGGAAUGAAACUGUAAUAUUUGGUGGAUGAGCUACUGAUGUGGAGAUUUCUAAAUCCUGAGAAAAUAAUAUAUUUUUUUGUAAAUGGCCUUUAAAGAGAUGUUAUGUUAAAUGACAAACAUGUUCAAGACUACAGGUGAAUAGGGUUUUACCAUAAAACUUCCCCAGCUGAUUACUUAAAUUUAGACAAUUAAUUUUUGUAUUACACGUUUUCUCAAAUUAGAUGUUAAAAUAUGCAAAGGAGGCUUUAUCUAAUGGUCACUUUGGUUGAAUUUAGGAAAUAAUGACAGAUGCAAAUAGACAAAGUAGCAAAAUACACACACAAAUGUGUAUUUUAGAAGAAAAUUUGACCACAAUUCUCAAACAUGAAUGUGCAUGAAAUCCGAUGUUAAAGUGGGCCGUAAAUGUCCAGCUGGGUGUCUGCAGGUUGUAAAAUGGUUCACAAGUCCAACACUGAGGUCACCUCCUCCCAACAUUCUGAUAGAGCUACAGUUCAGUAUCCUUGUUUGUCUUUCUGUUGAUUGUUAGUGGCACUGACGAGCGGACAAAGUCUUAAAAGUUCUCUAUAUUCAAACUGCUACAUGUAUGUAAACGUAUUAAUAUGGUUAUACUUCAGUCCGACUCAGCACUGCGUCAAGGAGCGUAGAGUCUUCUAGAACGUCAGUCUGACGACACUGAGGCGCUGAGGCUGUGCUCCAUGUGAAAUGUUUUUUCUGUGCAAAUCAGCCAUUUUCUCCAGGGAUUUGCCAUUGAAGGGAUUUUAUUUAAAUUAUUAUUUUUUUGCAGCAAAGUGUUCUUGAUUCUUGUUAUAACAAUAACGUGUGUUGUAUAUCUCUUUUAGUCACUGUUAGAAAAGCAAAAUCUGAAAGCAGUCAUUAUUUUACAAGAGUAAAUAAAUUCUAAUUCCUUCACAUGAUGUCAUACUUUUAUGAGAAACAAUAUCAUGAUGUUAUGCGAGUAAAGUCACAAUACUGUACGUACAACUGCUCGUCUUCUUUCCUCUGAGCGGUGCAUGGCUGUUUCAGAUUGAUCACCACCUACAUAAAGAAAGUCAAGACUUAAUUAUUGUAAUACUGUGACCCUUUCAAAAUUACAACCUAACUAAAUUUGCAAUUUUACUCUGGUAAUUAUUUUACUUUUACUAGUAAAGUUGCCACUUUAUUCUUGUAAAAAAAACAUUUCAGAAUUCUGACUUUACUCAAUAUUCUGACUUUCUUUGUAAUUUUCAGAGGUGUUAGACCAACUCAGAAUCUCUUUUUUUUUCUCCUUUGUUGCCCAAUGUUCUGCCUGUUUUAGUUUAGCUUGCUUUGGCUCAUUUUGGUUUGGGCUCAUUUAAGGCGGAAGAAACACAUGUAGAUGCACUUAACUGGCGAGUAUUUACUUUCUAUUGUCAUUAAUUAUUCGUAUUGUAUUUUUCUGCAAAGUUGUAUUAUACCACGACAAGUCCCCAAUGUGUACCAACUUUGUUUACUUCAUUUGUUGUUCAUUAUUAUUAUUAUUAUUAUUAUUAUUGUUGUUGUUGGCUCACUCGUGAGUGGAGUAAGGGUUGACAUGGUUCCAGACUGUCACAGUAAAUUAAUAGUUGUUCUUGACUGACCUGUCUAAAUAAAGGUUGAAUCAAUGAACUUCAUAAUUAAAGAAUCACCAUUUAGUAGA